CACAGAUUCGCCCUCUUUCUUUCCUCACUGAUGCACAAAGCAGCUGAACUCGGAUUAUACUGGACAAGCAAAAGAUGUAAAGUUCAAAGUCUGUUUUGAAGCGUCCCUUGACUAUUCUGUCUGCGUUUAAGGGCUUUCCUUGCUAUGCCACUCUUUAGCUGGCCCAAAUGGUCCCGUAAUACAACCACACAAGCUGAAACAUCAUCACCCAGACGCCCCGUGGACCGAUUAAGCCGCGACUUGCUCCGGGAGCUUUUAUGGCACAUGCAGGGCCGCGAGUGCACGGCCAGGAUGCUGGACCCGGAGCACAGCGAUGUGGAUCAGCCAUGUUUCCAGAGGUGCCCUAGGUGGAGGACCCUCAUCCCCAAAUCAGAGAUUGAGCAACUGGAACUACUGAUUGCCGGCAUCCCUCCCAUCCACGCUGCAGCGGUGCUCUCCAGGUUUCGUGAGGUGCUUGCAGGCAGCAAAGUGAUGCCAUGGGAGCUGGUCACUGUCUUCAAGCUGGUGCUGAGAGACAUCGAUCAAAGGGAAUGCAUUGAAGACCAAAGAGUCUCAGGGAAAGCCAAGCAUCUCCAAACAACAGGGUUUUGGACAAGCCCCAACAAAUUGGAGCUGCAUGUUGCCAAAACAAGCAGUAAUGAUGGAAAGUUGAGGGAGGAGAUCCCAACUGUGUCUGGAUAUGUGGACAGAGCCAUGCGCCACACCAGCUGGUUCAGCGCAAAAAGGGAGUGGGAACUUCCAUAUUUCUGUCCAGUUCCCAUGAGGCCAGCAGUCAACGAAUCAAUUAAUUUGUAAAUGAUCUCUUUUAGGUAAAUAAUACUCUUAAUAUGCCAUACAUGUUCAGUAAACCCUCACCAAUUUGCAAAUUAUAAUUUCUGAAACUUUCUAUGGAUGAUAAAUUAUACUCUUGUCCAGGGGUCACCAAGGCUGGUCCUCAAGGGCACCAAUCCAUCCUGUUUUAGCCCUACUACAACACACUUUAUUCAAUUGUUCAGCUCAUCAGCAAACUCUAUUAAGCCUGAUGUCCAUCCAGAUUAUUUUUAUUUGAAUUUUCUUUAAUUAGAUGUGUUGCAGUGGGGAUGCGUAUAAAACAGGCUGGAUUGGCACCCUCGAGGACUAGAUUUUGUAAAACAUGCAUGAAUACAUUUGUAAAAUUUCAGAUUAGGGGCCAAAAACAAUAAAUAUUAAUAUAAUCUUAUAUAUAAAGAUAAUUUUAAAAAAAAAGUCUACACCCUACAUAUACGCAAUAUUUUCCUGCAAACACAAAUAACCAAACAUUAGAGUCAAAAUAGCUGUGUUUACGGAAUAUUUUUUUUAUAAUUCGUUUGCGACAUAAAUUCCGCAAAAACUAAACUCGCGCACGUGCGGGUGAGGGCUAACAGGCUAGCUAUGGCGGUCAGAUUUGACUUUUCAAUGCUUCAAAAUAAUUCUUA